UCCCCGCGCGCCGGGUCGGAGCCGGUGCGGGAGCGGAGCCGCGCGAAGCCGGCAGGAGCACGCGGGAGCGCGGCCCCGCAGUGGCCCGGCCCGAGAGAGCAGCGCGCAGGAGCCGGAGCGGCGCCACGGCCCCCACCCCAGCGCGGACCUCGCCCGGAACUCGGACCCCGUCCUCGAAGCGUGAUCUCUCCCGCCUCGCACGCCCUGGCCGCCGGGCCGCGGGCAUGGACGGCGUCCGCUCGCCCUAGAUGGACGGCGAUGGCGGCCGCCGAGACGCCCCCGGCACGCUGAUGGAGCCCGGGCGCGGCGCGGGGCCCGCGGGCAUGGCGGAGCCUCGGGCGAAGGCGGCGCGGCCGGGGCCCCAGCGCUUCCUGCGGCGCAGCGUGGUAGAGUCGGACCAGGAGGAGCCGCCGGGCUUGGAGGCAGCCGAGGCGCCGGGCCCGCAGCCCCCGCAGCCCCUGCAGCGCCGGGUGCUUCUGCUCUGCAAGACGCGCCGCCUCAUCGCGGAGCGCGCCCGCGGACGCCCCGCCGCCCCCGCGCCCGCAGCGCCGGUAGCGCAGCCGGGAGCCCCCGGAGCCCCCGCGGACGCCGGCCCCGAGCCCGUGGGCACUCAGGAGCCCGGCCCGGACCCCAUCGUAGCCGCUGUCGAAACCGCGCCUGCCCCCGACGGCGGCCCCAGGGAGGAGGCGGCGGCGACCGUGAGGAAGGAGGAUGAGGGGGCGGCCGAGGCGAAGCCUGAGCCCGGGCGCACACGCCGGGACGAGCCCGAAGAGGAGGAGGACGACGAGGACGACCUCAAGGCCGUGGCCACCUCUCUGGACGGCCGCUUCCUCAAGUUCGACAUCGAGCUGGGCCGCGGUUCCUUCAAGACGGUCUACAAGGGGCUGGACACGGAGACCUGGGUGGAGGUGGCCUGGUGUGAGCUGCAGGACCGGAAGCUCACCAAGCUGGAGCGGCAGCGGUUCAAGGAAGAGGCUGAGAUGCUGAAAGGCCUGCAGCACCCCAACAUCGUGCGCUUCUACGACUUCUGGGAGUCUAGCGCCAAGGGCAAGCGGUGCAUUGUGCUGGUGACGGAGCUGAUGACCUCAGGGACGCUGAAGACGUACCUGAAGCGGUUCAAGGUGAUGAAGCCCAAGGUUCUCCGCAGCUGGUGCCGGCAGAUCCUGAAGGGCCUGCUGUUCCUGCACACAAGGACGCCACCCAUCAUCCACCGAGACCUGAAAUGUGACAAUAUUUUUAUCACCGGACCAACUGGGUCUGUGAAGAUUGGUGACUUGGGCCUGGCCACUCUGAAAAGGGCGUCAUUUGCCAAAAGUGUGAUAGGUACUCCCGAGUUCAUGGCGCCCGAGAUGUACGAGGAGCACUACGAUGAGUCCGUGGACGUCUAUGCCUUUGGGAUGUGCAUGCUGGAGAUGGCCACCUCGGAGUACCCCUACUCGGAGUGCCAGAACGCGGCCCAGAUCUACCGCAAGGUCACCUGUGGUAUCAAGCCGGCCAGCUUUGAGAAAGUGCAUGAUCCUGAAAUCAAGGAGAUUAUUGGGGAGUGUAUCUGCAAAAACAAGGAGGAAAGGUACGAGAUCAAAGACCUGCUGAGCCACGCCUUCUUCGCAGAGGACACAGGCGUGAGGGUGGAGCUCGCGGAGGAGGACCACGGCAGGAAGUCCACCAUCGCCCUGAGGCUCUGGGUGGAAGACCCCAAGAAACUGAAGGGAAAGCCCAAGGACAAUGGAGCCAUAGAGUUCACCUUCGACCUGGAGAAGGAGACGCCGGAUGAGGUGGCCCAAGAGAUGAUUGAGUCUGGAUUCUUCCACGAGAGUGACGUCAAGAUCGUGGCCAAGUCCAUCCGUGACCGCGUGGCCUUGAUCCAGUGGCGGCGGGAGAGGAUCUGGCCUGCGCUGCAGCCCAAGGAGCAGCAGGAUGUGGGCAGCCCGGACAAGGCCAGGGGUCCGCCGGUGCCCCUGCAGGUCCAGGUGACCUACCAUGCACAGGCUGGGCAGCCCGGGCCACCAGAGCCCGAGGAGCCGGAGGCCGACCAGCACCUCCUGCCACCUACGUUGCCGACCAGCGCCACCUCCCUGGCCUCGGACAGCACCUUCGACAGCGGCCAGGGCUCUACCGUGUACUCGGACUCGCAGAGCAGCCAGCAGAGCGUGGUGCUUGGCUCCCUUGCCGACGCAGCGCCGCCCCCGGCCCAGUGUGUGUGCAGCCCCCCUGUGAGCGAGGGGCCCGUCCUGCCGCAGAGCCUGCCCUCGCUGGGGGCCUACCAGCAGCCCACAGCUGCACCUGGCUUGCCGGUGGGCUCUGUCCCGGCCCCCGCCUGCCCUCCGUCCCUCCAGCAGCACUUCCCGGAUCCGGCCAUGAGCUUCGCCCCCGUGCUGCCGCCGCCCAGCACCCCCGUGCCCACGGGCCCAGGCCAGCCAGCACCCCCCGGCCAGCAGCCUCCUCCGCUGGCCCAGCCGACACCCCUGCCGCAGGUCCUGGCCCCACAGCCCGUGGGCCCCCUCCAGCCGGUUCCCCCCCACCUGCCACCGUACCUGGCUCCAGCCUCCCAGGUGGGGGCCCCCGCUCAGCUGAAGCCCCUCCAGAUGCCACAGGCGCCCCUGCAGCCGCUUGCUCAAGUCCCUCCGCAGAUGCCCCCGAUUCCUGUUGUGCCCCCCAUCACGCCCCUGGCAGGAAUCGACGGCCUCCCUCCGGCCCUCCCAGACCUGCCGACCGCGACCGUGCCUCCCGUGCCACCACCUCAGUAUUUCUCUCCAGCCGUGAUCUUGCCGAGCCUCGCUGCCCCACUCCCCCCUGCGUCCCCAGCCUUGCCUCUGCAGGCUGUGAAGCUGCCCCACCCCCCUGGGGCGCCCCUGGCCAUGCCCUGCCGGACCAUUGUGCCAAAUGCACCGGCCCCUAUCCCCCUGCUGGCCGUAGCCCCACCGGGCGUGGCUGCCCUGUCCAUUCAUUCUGCCGUGGCCCAGCUCCCAGCCCAACCUGUGUACCCAGCGGCCUUCCCACAGAUGGCGCCUACCGACGUCCCUCCUUCCCCCCACCACAAGGUGCAGAAUAUGAGGGCCACCCCUCCACAGCCGGCACUGCCUCCGCAACCCACACUGCCCCCACAACCCAUGCUGCCCCCGCAACCCACGCUGCCCCCGCAACCCGUGUUGCCCCCGCAACCCACACGGCCCCCUCAACCCGUGUUGCCCCCACAACCCAUGCUGCCCCCACAACCUGUGCUGCCCCCGCAGCCGGCACUGCCUGUGCGCCCUGAGCCCCUCCAGCCCCACCUUCCUGAACAAGCUGCUCCAGCUGCUGCACCAGGGAGCCAGAUUCUGCUUGGCCACCCAGCUCCCUAUGCUGUGGACGUCGCCGCUCAGGUCUCCACCGUGCCUGUGCCACCGGCUGCGGUCCUCUCCCCGCCUCUGCCGGAAGUGCUGCUGCCUGCCGCCCCUGAGCUCCUGCCUCAGUUCCCCAGCUCCCUGGCCACGGUGUCCGCCUCUGUGCAGAGUGUGCCCACCCAGACUGCCACACUUCUGCCACCAGCAAACCCGUCGCUGCCUGGCGGGCCCGGGAUCGCCAGCCCUUGCCCAACUGUCCAGCUGACGGUGGAACCAGUCCAAGAGGAGCAGGCCUCACAGGACAAGCCGCCCGGCCUCCCGCAGAGCUGUGAGAGCUAUGGAGGUUCUGAUGUCACUUCUGGAAAAGAGCUGAGUGACAGCUGUGAAGGCGCCUUUGGAGGGGGCAGGCUGGAGGGCAGGGCAGCCCGAAAACACCACCGCAGGUCCACGCGUGCGCGCUCCCGGCAGGAGAGGGCCAGCCGGCCCCGGCUUACCAUCUUGAACGUGUGCAACACUGGGGACAAGAUGGUGGAGUGCCAGCUGGAGACGCACAACCACAAGAUGGUGACCUUCAAGUUCGACUUGGACGGGGACGCACCCGAUGAAAUUGCCACGUAUAUGGUGGAGCAUGACUUUAUCCUGCAGGCCGAGCGGGAAACGUUCAUCGAGCAGAUGAAGGAUGUCAUGGACAAGGCAGAGGACAUGCUCAGUGAGGACACAGACGCCGACCGUGGCUCCGACCCAGGGACCAGCCCGCCACACCUCAGCACCUGCGGCCUGGGCGCCGGGGAGGAGAGCCGACAAUCCCAAGCCAACGCCCCCGUGUAUCAGCAGAAUGUCCUGCACACCGGGAAGAGGUGGUUCAUCAUCUGUCCGGUGGCUGAGCACCCCGCCCCUGAGGCCCCUGAAUCUUCGCCCCCACUUCCUCUAAGCUCCCUGCCGCCAGAAGCCAGCCAAGAUUCAGCGCCCUAUAAAGACCAGCUGUCCUUGAAGGAACAAGCCGGCUUUCUAGCCGGUCAGCAGCUCCUGAGCCAGGCGGGCCCCAGCAACCCUCCUGGGGCACCCCCAGCCCCUUUGGCCCCCUCCUCCCCUCCUGUGACUGCUCUGCCCCAAGAUGGAGCAGCUCCAGCCACCAGCACCAUGCCAGAGCCAGCGUCAGGAACUGCCAUCCAGGCAGGGGGUCCAGGGACACCUCAGGGGCUGACCAGUGAGCUCGAGACGUCUCAGCCACUAGCGGAGACUCACGAGGCCCCGCUUGCUGUGCAGCCCCUCGUGGUGGGCCUAGCACCUUGCACUCCAGCUCCAGAGGCUGCCUCAACCAGGGACGCCAGUGCCCCAAGGGAGCCCCUGCCACCUCCUGUGCCUGAGCCCAGCCCCCACAGCGGGACCCCACAGCCCGCCUUGGGUCAGCCUGCUCCCCUGCUUCCUGCCGCAGUGGGGGCCGUCAGCCUGGCCACCUCCCAGCUCCCAAGCCCACCCCUGGGGCCCACUGUCCCCCCACAGCCACCCUCAGCCCUGGAGUCGGAUGGGGAAGGGCCGCCCCCCAGGGUGGGCUUUGUGGACAGCACCAUCAAGAGCCUGGACGAGAAGCUGCGGACUCUGCUCUACCAGGAGCACGUGCCCACCUCCUCAGCCUCAGCUGGGACCCCUGUGGAGGUGGGCGACAGAGACUUCACCCUGGAGCCCCUGAGAGGGGACCAGCCCCGCUCAGAGGUCUGCGGGGGGGACCUGGCCCUGCCCCCAGUGCCUAAGGAGGCGGUCUCAGGGCGUGCCCAGCUGCCCCAGCCCUUGGUGGAGAAGUCAGAACUAGCCCCCACUCGAGGGGCCGUGAUGGAGCAGGGCAUGUCUUCGUCAAUGACAGCAGAGUCGUCUCCCAGGAGUAUGCUGGGCUAUGACAGAGAUGGAAGGCAGGUGGCCUCAGACUCCCAUGUGGUCCCCAGCAUCCCCCAGGAUGUACCUGCUUUUGUGAGACCUGCACGUGUGGAGCCCACAGACAGGGAUGGUGGAGUCUCUGGAGAAAGCUCAGCAGAGCCCCCGCCGAGUGACACGGGCAUUUCCACAGUGGGGGGCCAGGCUAGCCACCCCCAGACACUCGGCGCUCGAGCUUCGGGGUCCCCUCGGAAACGUCCAGAGCAGCAGGAUGUCAGCUCACCAGCCAAGACUGUGGGCCGUUUCUCGGUGGUCAGCACUCAGGACGAGUGGACCCUGGCCUCCCCCCACAGCCUGAGAUACUCUGCCCCACCCGACGUCUACCUGGACGAGGCCCCCUCCAGCCCCGACGUGAAGCUGGCAGUGCGGCGGGCGCAGACGGCCUCCUCCAUCGAGGUCGGCGUGGGCGAGCCCGUGUCCAGCGACUCUGGGGACGAGGGCCCUCGGGUGAGACCCCCGGUGCAGAAGCAGGCGUCCCUGCCCGUGAGUGGCAGCGUGGCUGGCGACUUCGUGAAGAAGGCCACCGCCUUCCUGCAGAGGCCUUCUCGGGCCGGCUCGUUGGGCCCCGAGACACCCAGCAGGGUGGGCAUGAAGGUCCCCACGAUCAGCGUGACCUCCUUCCAUUCCCAGUCGUCCUACAUCAGCAGCGACAAUGAUUCGGAGCUUGAGGAUGCUGACAUAAAGAAGGAGCUGCAGAGUCUGCGGGAGAAGCACCUGAAGGAGAUCUCGGAGCUGCAGAGCCAGCAGAAGCAGGAGAUCGAAGCUCUGUACCGCCGCCUGGGCAAGCCACUGCCCCCCAACGUGGGCUUCUUCCACACGGCACCCCCCACUGGCCGCCGGAGAAAAACCAGCAAGAGCAAGCUGAAGGCGGGCAAGCUGCUAAAUCCCCUGGUGCGGCAGCUCAAGGUCGUGGCCUCCAGCACAGGUCACUUGGCUGACUCCAGCAGAGGCCCUCCCGCUAAGGACCCUGCCCAAGCCAGUGUGGGGCUCACUGCAGACAGCACGGGCCUGAGCGGGAAGGCAGUGCAGACCCAGCAGCCCUGCUCCGUCCGGGCCUCCCUGUCUUCGGACAUCUGCUCCGGCUUAGCCAGUGAUGGAGGCGGAGCGCGUGGCCAAGGCUGGACGGUUUACCACCCAACGUCUGAGAGAGUGACCUAUAAGUCUAGUAGCAAACCUCGUGCUCGAUUCCUCAGUGGACCCGUAUCUGUGUCCAUCUGGUCUGCCCUGAAGCGUCUCUGCCUAGGCAAAGAACACAGCAGUAGGUCCUCCACCAGCAGCCUGGCCCCAGGCCCUGAGCCAGGCCCCCAGCCCGCCCUGCACGUCCAGGCGCAGGUGAACAACAGCAACAACAAGAAGGGUACCUUCACGGACGACCUGCACAAGCUGGUGGACGAGUGGACGAGCAAGACGGUGGGGGCCGCGCAGCUGAAGCCCACGCUCAACCAGCUGAAGCAGACCCAGAAGCUGCAAGACAUGGAGGCCCAGGCAGGCUGGGCUGCCCCUGGCGAGGCACGGGCUCCCCAAGAACUAGGCUUCUCCACUUUACAGAUUGGGAGGUGAGCGACGCACCCACAGCUCCGCAGCUGGCAGGUGGAAAGGACAGGCCAGGCCAGGCCGGGGCUGUGACUCCACAGCUCAGAUACAGCAGCAGCCCCAGCCUGGGCAGCCCAAGCCCCGCACUCAGAGCAGGUAGCCCUGGUCUUGGCAGACAGGCCCACCUCUGCCUGAGUUCUGUUUGUGCCCAGGCUGGAGACCAGGGCAGGUGUGCAUGUCACCCAAGUGACACCAGCGUCGGGCCGUAGCUCACACGCACCUGAGCCAAUGUGGGGCGGAAGUGAGGACCUGCUGUCCUAGGUUUUCACACCUAACUUGUUUGAUGUCAGCGCGAGUUGGAGAAGCAUCUGCUGUUUUUCAGCUUUCUGGAGGGGUUUGUGGAAGACUGGUGUUAUUUCUAUCUCAAAUAUUUAGUAAAGGUCAUUUGUGAAUCCAUCUGGGCUGGAGUUUUGUUUUUGUAUUUUUUAGCGUGGGAUACUUUCCUCUAUGAUCUUUUACCUUAAAAUUUUUCAAACACACAGAAGAGUGAACAUCCAUAGGACCCACUACGUACACUCUAAUUGACAUUUUUGCUGUAUUUAUCACACACCUGUUCAUUCCUUGAGGGUACAGUUGUUACUAUGGAUUCAAUUUCUUCUACACUUUUAACACCAUUUGGAUUUUCUGUUUUGUUUUGUUAAAUUCUGCCUUUCUGGCAAUUGGUAUCUCUCCUCUAAAUUUAUCUAAAAUUUUAAAUUAAUUGCCAUAAAAGUAUCCAUAAUAGCUAUUAUUUUUUCCAUUUGCAGGAUUUACAGUGAUGUCCUGAUUUCAUUCCUGAUGUUGGUGAUUUCUGCCUCCUCUCUCUCUGCCUCUCCUUCGCUCUUUCUCUCUCUUUAUGCAAUCUCCUUAGGGGUGUACAUUUUAUUAGCCUAUUCAAAGAACACAUUUUGUGUUUGAUAGUCUUUAUUGUAUGUUUCAUUAAUUUAUUUUCUUAUUUCUUGCCUUCUAUCUUUGGGUGAAUUUUGUUGUUCUGGAAAGUUUCUUAUGAUAUGUUCAUUGAUUUCUAGCCUUUCCGUUGUAAUGUAGGCAUUCAAGGCUAUAAAGUGCCCACUAAUGGUUUUAGCUGCAUCCCAAAAGUAUGUGCAGCAUUUUCAUUAACCUUUGUUUGAAAAUAUUUUAUAAUUUCUGUUGCUAUUUGAAGUAAGUGUGGUUGUUAGUUUUCAGAUGACCUUUUGUCAGUGUGUUUUCGUGUGGCUGCACUGUGGUAGGAGAGCAGACUUAGUGCUUGCGGUUUGUGGAGAUCUUCCAGGACUGGCUCUUGACCUGGCUGUCAGUCUUUGUUGCUGUUCCAAUGAUGCUGGAGCUGAAUCUGUUCCCUUCUCUCCACAUCCACACUCCCAAGCUCAGCCACUGUGACUUCUGUUCUGAACAACUGCAGGGUCCUCUUGACAGGUACACCUCCGCCAGUCUGAGUCCUCAAAUUUAUUCUCAGUGGAACCCCAUUAUUCUAGGACAAAGUCAGGACUCCUGAACAUGGUCCCACAGCUCUGCGAGGCUGCACCCGGAGCCUGGGCAGGCUCAUCUCUGCUGCCUGGGCUCCAGCUAUAUCAGCGUUCAGGAUUAGCAGUGCUAACUGUUGUUCAGAUGUUCUGGAUUCUUUUUAAGUGUUAAGGGUUUUUUUUAACUUUUAUUUUUGUCAUGGCAAAAAAAAAAUAUAUAUAUAUAUAAAACACAAAAUUUACAAUUUUACACAUUUUCAAGCGUACAGUUCAGUGGCAUGAAGUACAUUCAGAGCAUUGUGUAACCAUCACCAUCCAUCCACUGAACCUUUUCAUCUUCCCCAGGGAAACUCUAUCCCCAUUAAACACUAGUUCCUCAGCCCCCUCUCUGGCACCUCUGGUUUCCCAGGCCCUGGUAGCCUCUAUCCUUCUUUCUGUCUCUACGACUUUGACUACUCCAAGUACCUCAUAGAAAUGGAAUCAUACAGUAUGUGCCCUUUGGUGAAUGGUUUAUUUCAUUUGAUACAAUGUUUUCAAGGUGCAUCCAUGUUGUAGUAUGUAUCAGAACUUUUUAAAAUCAGCCAGGCGUGGUUGCACAUGCCUGUGGUCCCAGCCACCCGGGAGGCUGAGGUGGGAGGAUCGCUGGAGCCCAGGAGUUGGAGGCUGCAGUGAACUAUGAUCGUACCACUGUACUCCAGCCUGGGUGACAGAGCAAGAUCCUGUCUCAAAAAUAAAUAAAUUCAGAAUACUGUGCAGCCACCACCACUGUUCAUCUCCAUCUCUUUUUAUUGUGUGAAACUCUGUACCCAUUAAACAAUAACUCCCUAUUGUCCCUCCCCCAGCCCCUGGGAACUUCCAUUCUGCUUCUGGUCUCUCUGACUUUGAAUCCUCUAUGUACCUCAUAGAGUGGAAUCACACGGUAUCUGUCUUUUUCCACUGGCUUAUUCUACUUAGCAAAAUGUCCUCCAAGGGCACCCUUGAUGACAUCCAUGUCGUAGCAUGUCCAAAUUUCCUUUCCUUUGAAGGCUGAGUGAUAGUUCAUUGUAUCUGGUACCACAUCCAUUCUCAGGGGAAUCCUGUUACGGGAUUGUCUGUCAGUUCUGUCAGUGGACGCUUGGGUGGCUUCCAUCUUUUAGCUGUUAUUAAUCUGCUGUGAACAUAGGUGUACAAGCAUCCCUUCAAGACCCUGCUUUUAUCCUUUUGGGUAUAAACCCAGAAGUGGAAUUGCUAGAUCAUAUGGUAAUUGUAUGAUAGUUUUUCGAGGAACUAUUUUCAAUAACAGCUAUACCAUUUGACAUUUCCACUAACAGUGCACAAAGGUUCCAGUUUUUCCACGUCUGUGCCAACAGAAGAUUUCCUUUCUGGGUUUUUUUGUUUGUGUGUGUGUGUGUGUGUGUGUAUGUGUGUGUGUGCGUGUGUGUGUUUUGAGACGGAGUUUUGCUCUUUUGCCCAGGCUGGAGUGCAAUGACACGAUCUUGGCUCACUGUAACCUCUACCCUCUAGGUUCAAGCAAUUCUGCCCCCCGAGUAGCUGGGAUUACAGGCGUCUGCCACCACGGCCAGCUAAUUUUUGUAUUUUUAGUAGAGACGGGGUUUCACCAUGUUGGUCAGGCUGAUCUCGAACUCCUGACCUCAAGUGAUCCACCCGCCUCGGCCUCCCAAAGUGCUGGGAUUACAGGCGUGAGCCACCGUGCACCACCGCAUUCAGCCAUCCUUUCUGGUUUUUGAUGGUAGCCAUCCUCUCAGGUGUGAAGUGGUAUCUUGUGGUUUUGCUUUACAUUUUCCUAAUUGAGUAGUGAUAUUGAGCAGCUUUUCAUGUGCUUACUGGCUGUUUCUAUGUCUUCCUUGAAGAAGUAUUUAUUGAAGUCUUCUGCCAAUGUUUGAAUCAGCUCGUUUUUUUCAUUGUUGAGUUUUAGGAAUUUUCUGCAUAAUCCAGAUAUUAAUCCCUUAUCAGAUAUAUGAUCUGUUGAUAGUGCCUUUGGAUGCACAAAAGUUUUAAAAUUUGUCUUGUUUUUCAUUUGUUGCCUGUGCCUUUAGUGAAAUAUCCAAGAAAUCACUGCCAAAUCCAGUGUUGUGAAACCUUUUCCUUAAGUUUCCUACUAAGAGUUUUCUGGUUUUUGCUUUGACAUUUAGAACUUUGGUCCAUUUAGAGUUGAUUUUUUUUUCUUUCUUCCUGAGAUUGUGUCUCACUCUGUCGCCAGGCUGCAGUGCAGUGGCAUGAUCUCAGCUCACCGCAACCUCUGCCUCCCGGGUUCAAGCAAUUCUCCUGCCUCAGCCUCCCAAGUGGCUGGGACUACAGGCUUGCACCACCAUGCCCAGCUAAUUAUUUUAUUUUAUUUUUAGUAGAGACGAGAUUUCACCAUGUUGGCCAGGAUGGUCUCGAUCCCUUGACCUCAUGAUCCGCCCGCCUCGGCCUCCCAAAGUGCUGGGAUAGAGUUGAUUUUUGUGAGGCAAGGCAGGGCUCCACCUUCUUUUUCUGGUAUGUACAUAUCCAGUUUUCCCAGUUGACGUUGUUGAAAACUGCUUUCCCCUUUGAAUGGUCUUGGCCCCCUUGUGGAGAGUCACUGCAGCAUAAGAGUUAGCCUUCAUCUCUGGGCUCUCCUCUCUUGUGAUUCCCUUAAUGUUUUACUCAUCCACUUCAUGGUGGACCACCCUCUGGCUCUGUCCACUCUGCCACUUUUUUCCUCUGCUCCUCACAGGAUCAUUUCCAUUGUAAGUGUCUCCAGCUUGCUGAUUCUUUAUUCUGCCUGCUCAGAUCUGCCGGUGAACCCCUCUAGUGAAUUUGUAAGAGUCAGUUAUUAUUUUCAGCUCUUCUAGUUCCAUUUGAUCCCCUUCAUAAUUCCUGUCUGUUGAGAUCCUCAUUGUGUUCCUCUGUGAUUUUCCUGACUUCCUGUAGUUCUGUGUCCAUGGCUUCCUUCAGUUCUUCGAGCACAUUUAAGACAGUCGGUUUAAAGCCUUUGUUUACUAAGUCCAAUGUCUAGGCUUCCUUGGGCAUGUUUUUGUCAGUUAAAUAUUUUCCUUUGAAUGAAUCAUACCUUCCUGUUUUAUUUGCUUUAGAUUUUAGGUCACUAAAUUUUUCUUUGUGUCUAAACUGCUGUUAAACCUAUCCAUUCAGUUUUUAAUUUGGGUUAUUGUGUUUUUCAGUUGAAUUUUUUUUUUAACCAUAUCUCCUGUAUCUUAAAAAAAAGUUUCUGACUCUUUACCAAAAUUCUCUAUCUUGUAUCUCCUUCACAUAAUAUUUUUUAGUUUUUGUUUGCUCUUUGUCCUAGUUUUUCUUUAUAUUGCCUUGUCUUUUCUUGUGACUUUUUAAAUAUUCUGUGUAGGACAUUGUAGUUGAAAUUGUAUUUGCAAAAAGAAUUUGAGGUCUAGUAGUAGGUUUCUCAUUAUUGUUUAAUUUGCCUUAGAGCACCUUUUCAUAUUCUUAUCAGCCGUCCUUUAAAAAGUGCCUGGUCAAGGAUAGUGACCAUUUUUAUUAUUGAUUUGUGGGAGUUCAUCAUAUAUCUUUUGUCAUAUACAAGGGGGCUUCCAAAAGUUCACAGAAAAAUGGAAUUAAAAGAUAAAAAUAAGAAAUAUAUGGCUGGCCAUGGUAGCUCACACCUGUAAUCCCAGCACUUAGGGAGGCUGAGGCAGGUGGAUUGAUUGAGUCCAGGAGUUCAAGACCAGCCUUUGCAAUAUGGCAAAACCUCAUCUCUACAAAAAAUACAAAAAUUAGCUGGGCUGCUGGGUGCAGUGGCUCACGCUUGUAAUCCCAGCACUUUGGGAGGCCGAGGCGGGUGGAUCACCUGAGGUCAGGAGUUCAAGACUAGCCUGGCCAACAUGGUGAAACCCUGUCUCUACUAAAAGUACAAAAAAAAAAAAAAAAAAAUUAGCCCAGCAUGGUGGUGGGCUUCUGUAAUCCCAGCUACUCAGGAGGCUGAGGCAGGAGAAUUGCUUGAACCUGGGAGGCAGAGGUUGCAGUGAGCCGAGAUUGUGCCAUUGCACUCCAGCUUGGGUGACAAGAGCAAAAGUCCGUCUCAAAUAAAAAUAAAAAACCAGCUGGGCAUGGUGGUGCAUACCUAUAGUUACAGCUACUAAGGAGGCUGAGGUGAGAGGAUCGCUUGAGCCCAGGAGGUCAAGGCUGCAGUGAGCCGAGAUAGUGCCACUGCACUCCAGCCUGGGCGACAGAGCAAGACCCUGUCUGAAAAAAAAAAAAAAAAAAAAACAGCUGGGCAUGGUGGUGCAUACCUAUAGUUAUAGCUACUAAAGAAGAAAUACAAGCUUUUUUCUUAACACAAGCGCCAUCAAGUUCAAGAUACUUUUACAAGCAAUGAUGCCAGCCAUUUAUAAGCAAUGAUGCCAGCCAUUUAGUCCCUCCCUAAAGACCUAAUGGUCCUGGGAAUUUAACAUGGCCAUGGAGUCUUUUUUACAUUAUUAAUUGACAAAAAAUGGGUGCCCUUUACAGAUGUUUCAAAAUUAGGAAGCAAAAAGAAGUCAGAGGGAGCCAAAUCAGGACUGUAGGGUAGAUGCCUGAUGAUUUCCCAUAGAAACUCUUGCAAAAUCACCCUUCUUUGGUGAGAGGAAUGAGCAGGAGCAUUGUCGUGAUGGAGAUGGACUCUCUGGGGAAGCUUUCCCGGGGGGGUUUUGCUGAAGCUUUGGCUAACAUUCCCUAAACAUUCGCAUACUAAGCAGAUGUACAUUCCUUGUUACCCCUCCAGAAAGUCAGCAAGCAGAAUGCCUUAAGCAUCCCAAAAGCUGUUGCCACAAUCUGCUCUUGACUGGCCCACUUUUGCUCUGAUGGGACCACUUCCAGCCCUCAGCACCAUUGCCUUGACUGCACUUGGUCUUCAGGACCAUACUGGGAAAGCCACGUUUCAUGUCGCUAUAGUUCAAAGAGAGCUUCAGGAUCUCCAUCCCACUUGUUCAAAGUUACCACUGACAGCUCUGCUCUUCUCUGCGCCCGAUGUGGGCGCAAUGGGUUUGGCACCCAUUGAGUGGAAAGUCUGCUCAACUUUCAUUUUUCUGUCAGAAUUGUGUAAGCUCAACCUACUGAGAUGUCAGUGGUGUUGGCCACUAUUUCUGCUGUUAACCACCCGUCCUCUGCACUUACGGCUCAGACCAGAUGAGUGUUUUCCUCACAAAGUGAUGCGGAUGGCCUGCCGCUGUGGGCUCCGUCUUCAGCGUGGUCUCAUCCCUUCUUGAAACAAGUCAACCAUUUGUAAACUGCUAUUUUCUUUGGGGACAUGGACCCUGUAAACUUUUCAGAAAGCAUCAGUGAUCUCACCAUUCUUCCACCCAAGCUUCACCAUACAUGUGAUGUUGGUUCUUGCUUGGCAGAAUUCACGUUAUUGUGAUAGGGGCUCUUUUCAAACUGAAGUCUUCUCCUUCUUAGUGCCUCAGACUACCUCCUCUUCAGACAUGCUGCAAUAAGUUAGUAUAAGUUUAUUUGGGUGCAAAGAUUUUUUUUGAAAGUCAUGCAUAGUUUUUUCAUGAUAUGUAUUUUCCAUGAACUUUUUGAAGACCCCUUGUGUGUGUGUGUGUGUGUGUAUAUACAUAUAUAUACAUAUAUACACAUAUAUACAUAUAUAUACACAUAUAUAUACAUAUAUACACAUAUAUAUACAUAUAUAUACACAUAUACAUAUAUACACAUAUACAUAUAUACAUAUAUACACAUAUACACAUAGAUACACAUAUACAUAUAUACAUACAUAUAUACACAUAUAUAUACAUAUAUACACAUAUAUACAUAUAUACAUACAUAUAUACAUAUAUACACAUAUAUACAUAUAUACAUACAUAUAUACAUAUAUACACAUAUAUACAUAUAUACACAUAUACAUAUAUACAUAUAUACAUACACAUAUACAUAUAUACAAUACACAUAUACAUAUAUACA